AUAUUUUUUGUAAGGAAAGUAGUUAUUGCCUGUCCUAAAAGUCGCGAAAUGACGUCAUCGCUGAAUUUUCAUAAUUCAUAAUCCAUGUGCAUGUAAUUGUGAUGGACGCUGUAGGAGAGAGGAAUAACGUCGUAGGAGAGACAAACACUGAGUAAAAAACAUCCUAAAUAUGUUUAGAACUACAUAUGAGCGAGCUGCAGAGAGUGGCACACACAGUGAACAAGAACCAGAUAUUUGAGGCCAUACUCCUUCAGCACGUUAUGGACCCCAUUGUUAAUCCCGUUUAGUUUAUUGGGUUGAAAGGCUGUGAGGUUGACCAUCCUACUGCUACUGUUCUAGAUGACUGUUGGGAAUAUACUAGUAGACAAGCUAGUAGUUUUGGUUAGACAGUUGGAAAGCUUGCUGAUGAGAGUGGUUUGAGGGAGUUGGAGGUUGGCCCUUCUGUGGUGAUAGGGGAUGUUCCUCCAUGGUUACUCCCAGAUCCUGUUGUUGAUCUAACCCUGGUAGACAAAAGGAAAGUAUACUCAGUUGAGCUGUUGCCGAUAAUAGUUGCCCUCCAGUGGGUGGAGGACGUAUGUAACAGUAUCGCUUCCGUCCCUCUCCUCGCCCCUACCUGUGCUCGUACAAGAGACCCUCUGCACACAUAGAUAACAGCCACCCUCGAAGCAUUGUUACCCAUCGCUCCACAAAAGCCGCGGCCCUUGCAGAGCAAGGGGAACAACUACUUCAAGGCCUCAAAGCGAGUGACGUCACCGAUUGAAACGCUAUUAGCGCACACCCCGCUAACUAGCUAGCCAUUUCACACCGGUUACACGUACAACCUGUUAGAAUUAUUAUAUGCUCAUUUUCUCUGUCUGUAUUGAAUAGUUUAUCAUCUGGUCAAUCUAAUAGGAGUGACCUACUAUUGGAGGUAUCAAUGUUAUUAUGGAGAAUUGAGAGAAUGGGUGUAGUAGUGAGAUUCUGCUGGGCCCCAGCACAUUCGGGUGUGGAAGGGAAUGAAAUUGUAGACCAGUUAGCUAAAAGAGCUUUGAAACUAGAUAUAAUUGAUAUGAAUGUUCCUCUGGGUAGAGGUGAGGCCAAAUGUAAGAUCAGAGCCAUUUUGAUAGAUGUGUGGCAGAAGAGAUGGGACUCUGAGCACAAGGGCCGGCAUUUAUAUGCCCUACAAAGAAAGGUCGGUGGACUAAAAUUCAAAGGUCAGAUUAGAAAAGACGAAGUGGUGUUUGCUCGAUUGCGCUUAGGACAUUGAACAUUGAACUCGUCAUUACAUCUGGUUGGCAAGCAUGUGAAUUGGUUCAUGUCUGGAGUGGAGCAUGUGUUGUUAUAUUGUUGUAGGUAUGUUGAAGAGAGGGACAGAUUGAGGUUGGAGGGGUUUGGAAGGCAUUUGGGGGAUGGGGAAGGGUCUAUUAGAAGUGAGUAGGGCUCUUUUUUUAUUUUCUCAGACGUACUGAGUUAAGGUAGGAGGAUUUAGAAAUGUUGUAAACCGUGAUUGACCACACACUCCAUCACAGUAGGUGGCGGCAUGCACCUUUAACGUUGGUUUGAGGAUUGCCAUUAUAUCAUAGAAGAAGAAGAAGAAUGAAUCGUUUGCAAACUGCAAGUAACUAUUGGCGAGGUAAGAUGGCGGCGCCAGAGGAGCAGGAAUUAUCUCAGGCGCAGACUGAAAAACUCCUUCAAUUUCAGGACUUGACAGGUUUGGAGUCUAUGGACCAAUGUCGUCGCACAUUAGAACAACACAAUUGGAACAUCGAGGCUGCGGUGCAGGACAGACUGAAUGAGCAGGAAGGAGUUCCUAGUGUGUUUAACCCUUUGCCGUCCAGACCCUUACAGGUCAACACAGCAGACCACAGAGUGUAUAGUUAUAUCGUCUCCAGGCCACAACCCAGAGGAUUAAUAGGAUGGAGUUACUACAUGAUAAUGCUACCUUUCAGAUUGACAUAUUACACACUUCUGGACAUAUUUAGGUUUGCCCUGCGGUGGGUCAGGCCAGACCCUCGUGGACGCGUCACAGACCCCGUGGGUGACGUUGUCUCCUUCAUCCAUAGUUUUGAAGAGAAGUACGGUCGAUCGCAUCCAGUGUUUUACCAGGGAACAUAUAGCCAGGCAUUGAAUGAUGCCAAACGUGAGCUUCGCUACUUGUUAGUUUACCUCCAUGGAGAGGACAACCAGGAUACAGACCAGUUCUGUCGCUCCACGUUAUGUACAGAAGAGGUCAUGACCUUCCUCAACACCCGGAUGCUGUUCUGGGCCUGUUCCACCAGCAGGCCUGAGGGAUACAGAGUGUCCCAGGCGCUGCGUGAGAACACUUUCCCCUUCCUGGCCAUGAUCAUGCUGAAGGACCGUAAGAUGACGGUGGUGGGACGUCUGGAGGGGCUCAUCCAAUCAGAGGACCUCCUCAAUCAGCUCACCUUCAUCAUGGAGGCCAACCAGACCUACCUGAUGUCUGAACGCUUGGAACGGGAGGAGAGGAACCAGACGCAGGUGUUGCGGGCGCAGCAGGACGAGGCCUACCUGGAGUCGCUGAGAGCCGACCAGGAGAAGGACCGGAGGAAGAGGGAGGAGCAGGACAAGGUUCAGGCGGAGGAGGAGAAGGUCCGGCAGACCGUCCUGGCCGAGGAGAGGAGGAGGAGGACGCUGGACGAAGAGAAGGAGCGCAAGUCAGAAUGUCUUCCCCCCGAGCCCCCAGCAGACGACCCCGACAGCGUCAAGAUAGUUUUCAAACUGCCUAACGACACCAGAGUAGAGAGGCGCUUCCUCUUCCAGCAGUCUCUGACGGUAAUAUACGACUUCCUGUUCUCGUUGAAGGAGACCCCGGAGAAAUUCCAGUUAGUUACCAACUUCCCCCGCCGUGUUCUGCCCUGCCUUCCCACGGAGGAGCAGCCCAACCCCCCCAGCCUGAAAGAGGCCGGCCUCAGCCGUUCCGAGGUCCUCUUUGUUCAGGACCUGACGGACGAUUGACACCUAGCUAACCCUCCAACAUGAGCAAAUUAGCUGUUCUGACCUUGUUUCUAGUCCCCAUUUUUUUUUUUUUUUUUAAAUGGCCGUUGUGCACUACGGGGUCACUGUCUGAAAUAAUGAAACAAAAACUCUGACCCUAAAUAAUUUAGCCAGCCUGAUACUGUUGUUUUAAACGGAGAGAUGUUAACUCCCUGUACAUACGUUGGAUAUUUAAAGAACAAGGCUGGAAAAAGCAACGUCUUUAUUUUAAUUUUUUAUUAUUCAAUCAAAGUUGACUCUCUAAUAAUGUAAUUGUCCCGAGACGAACAAACAAGCGAGGGUUGAGUUUCCGUACUGCCUGCAGUUUUAGAACGAUAACACAGUUCGACAAGAAGAGAGCCACAGCUUUCAGCAUGUGGCUUUUACCCAUCUCUAGUAUAACAGUCUGCCUGUGGUGAUUUUCAUCGAUGCCUAUUUCUCCUGUAAACAUCAGAAUGGGCUGGUCAUGUUUAAGAUGUCAUUUUCCAACAACCUAUAAACGAAACAUUUUAAAAUGUUGUGAUGGUUUUUGAUAAUAUUCCUGGCUGUCGGUGCUCUUUUCCUCAUCCCCAGCUCUCUUGGUCGGAUAAAUCUUAGCCUUCCUCCCAGAAUCUCUGCUAACCUUGAAGCAUUGUCAGUUUUUAACGUUUUUGUAGAUAUGUGGGAAAACAAGUGUAUUAUGCUAAUCUGAAUAAAUACACAUGGCCAAAAGUAUGUGGAUAUCCCUUCAAAUUCAGCUAUUUUGAGCACAAAGCCAUGCAAUCUCCAUAGACAAACAUUGGCCUUACUGAAGAGCUCAGUGACUUUCAACGUGGUACCGUCAUAGGAUGCCACUUUUCCAACAGUGUGUUUGUCCCAUGCUAGAACUGCCCCGGUCAACUGUAAGUGCUGUUAUUGUGAAGUGGAAACGUCUAGGAGCAACAACGGCUCUGUGGCAAAGUGGCAGGCCACACAAGCUAACAGAACGGUACCGCCGAGUGCUGAAGCACAAACAAUCAUCUGUCCUCAGUUGCAACACUAACUACCGAGCUCCAAAAUGCCUCUGGAAGCAACAUCAGCACAAUAACUGUUUGUCUGGAGCUUCAGGAAAUGGGUUUCCAUGGUUGAGCAUCCGCACACAAGCCUAAUAUCACCAUGCGCAAUGCCAAGCGUCGGCUGGAGUGGUAUAAAGCUCGCCGCCAUUGGACUCUGGAGCAGUUGAAACGUCGUCUCUGGUGUGAUGAAUCACGCUUCACCAUCUGGCAGUCCGACGGACGAAUAUGAGUUUGGCGGAUGCCAGGAGAACGCUACCUUUCCCAAUGCAUAGUGCUAACUGUAAUGUUUGGUGGAGGAGGAAUAAUGGUCUGGGGCUGUUUUCAUGGUUCUGGCCCCUUAGUUCCAGUGACUCAACGCUACAGCAUACAAUGACAUUCUAGAUAAUUCUGUGCUUCCAACUUUGUGGCAACAGCUUGGGGAAGGCCCUUUCCUGUUUCAGCAUGACAAUGCCCCCGUGCACAAAGCGAGGUCCAUACAGAAAUGGUUUGUCGAGAUCGGUGUGGAAAAACUUGACUGGCUUGAACAGAUUCCCAUCAAACACCUUUGGAAUGAAUUGGAAUUCUGACUGCGAGGCCGAACUAAUCUCCCAACAUCACUAAUGCUCUUGUGGCUGAAUGGAAGCAAGUCCCCGCAGCAAUGUUCCAACAUCUAGUGGAAAGCCUUCCCAGAAGAGUGGAGGCUAUUAUAGCAGCAAUGUUCCAACAUCUAGUGGAAAGCCUUCCCAGAAGAGUGGAGGCUGUUAUAGCAGCAAUGUUCCAACAUCUAGUGGAAAGCCUUCCCAGAAGAGUGGAGGCUGUUAUAGCAGCAAAGGGAGGGACCAACUCCAUAUUAAAGCCCAUGAUUUUUGAAUGAGAUGUUCGAUGAGCAGGUGUCCACAUACUUUUGAUGAUGUAGUGUAUGUCUCAUAAAAUACUAGAGAGAGAUCGCGUUCCUUUUCUCUGCACAGUACAAGAGCCUAGGGCUCUGGUCAAAAAGAGGGCACUAUAUAAGGGAACCGGGUGGGACUCAAUCCUGGCAUUCUUGACAACUUUAAUGGUGAUUACAGUGAAAACAGGCAAGGACACAGCUGUAAUAUUGGUAUACAUCAUACAUUUAUUAGUGAACUACUCUCAAAAUCAGCCACAACUAUUUAAAAAAAAAAAAUAAUAAUAUGAUCGCACGACUCGGUUAAAGCAGAACUAACAACUUUUCAUUUUUAAAAAAGUACAAAUCUGAAAAAUGUCAAUCAGUAUACAGGUGUGUGUAUAUAUAAUACACUAUAACUAGUUAAAUGCUACAAACAAUGAUUCCAAUGGAAUGAAAAAAUGAUAGCAUUCAGAAUCUUUUCCCUAUAUAUUUAUAUAUAUAAGCAUU